AACGUUCAGAAAAAGCAAGGACACACGUUUGCGCAAAAUGCGAACCCCAUUUUAUCUCCUAACCUGAAAUUAAAACUUUUUACAAAAAUCAAAUCUCGUUUCAGAUCCGAGGAAAUUCAGUCAUGAAGAAAUUAGUGAGAAAGUUGUUUGUUCUCUUCCUCGUCCUCACUUGCAGUGUUCCUAUGUUAGCAGUAGGUGAUGAUGGAGCACAAGACAGCGAGGAAGAUACAAUAGUCCCGUCGCUGCUAAACACUCUUAUAAACACAGUUUCUUCCUUGAAAAGAUCACAGACAACUUCUUUGGACAAGAUUAAGACUAUCAUCCGCCAGGUGCAAUUGCAGUUUUUUCCUCCAGAUUUAGAUUUCAGAGGCAACAAAGAAGGGAUCAAUGGAGACGGCAUCAGUCCGGGAGGGAAGAUGAAAGACGCUGCAGAGAGAAGUUUCAAAUCUGGCAAAGCUACGGUGGAAGAAUCUGCAAAAACAGCGGCGAAUGUUGUAAGAGGAGCCAUUCACAAGACUGAACAGAAAGAGUCUCCUAAGGCUAAGGAACGGCCUCGCAAUGAUCUUUAGAUAAUCGUGAAUGGCGAAGAAUGAAUGUACGGUGUAAGAUGAAUUUAGAAACUGUACACAAAUUUGUAAUUCAAAAAUUAUUGUUAAACUAUUGAGAAAUUUUUGGAUAAGAUCAAAUUAAUAGCAAUUCAAGAAUUUUCCAGAGCU